UCCUCCUGUCCGUAUGGGGGCAGUCUUUCUGGUUUCACCAAACCGUCUGAAGUGACAGCAAAGGCAACAUGGCAGCGCGCAUGGUUUAAAUACUAACGUGAAGGUCCUUUUUCGGGUGUACGCGAGCACAUAUCAUCAAACCAGCAGGCAAAGGGGACGGACAGACGUGUGGCAGGCCAGACACCUAGACAAUGUCGAAGAUAUCUAAAGCAGCCAGGGUGGUGAAAAAGGUGGAUACUGGAUCUGUGAUCAAAGCAAUUUUAAGGUCCGGCCAGGCAGCUCCUGGGCCUCCACUGGGCCCCAUCCUAGGACAGAAAGGAAUUCCCAUCGGGACCUUCUGCAAAGACUUCAAUGAGAAAACCAAAGACCUCAAAGAAGGCAUUCCUCUUCCCAUCAAGAUCAGCGUGAAGUCGGACAGGACGUAUGACCUGAAAAUCGGGCAGCCCACUGUGUCUUACUUCUUGAAACAAGCCGCCGGCAUUGAAAAAGGAGCUAGAAAAACUGGGCAUGAGAUCGCAGGUAUGGUGACGGUGAGGGCCGUAUAUGAGAUCGCACGGGUCAAAUCACAGGAUGACAGCUUUAAGCUGCGAGACAUCUCUAUGCAGAACGUUGUCAAGAGCAUCAUCGGUUCAGCCAGAUCCCUCGGCAUCAAAGUCGUCAAUGACCUGUCACCGGAAGAGUACGGGAAGUUUCUCAGAGAGCGUGAGGAGAGACUGAAGGCAGAAGCCGAGGCAGCAGCCGCUGAGGCAGCAGCAGCAGCAACAGCAGCGAGGAGGAGAUGAAGAGCUGCUGUGUGCUAUUUAUCAAUACAAAACCCCCGUUCACAUGGAUUUGACUGCUAUUCCGAAUAUGUUUUUCUAAUAAAAUGCGGCUCAUUUGCAUCCAAA